GAGCGUCUAAGGUGCGCAGGCGCACUGCUGACAUACGCAGACGCUAAACCCUACAGUGCGAAAGGACCUUUGGUGACGUUGUGACCAGGUGAUCAGUCACGUGCCUGGAAGGGACUAGGCAGCAGGCUGUUCUCUCGGCGAAGCGAGACAAUGAGAGAACAUGGAUGGAGACAAUGCAAUGGUGGAUACUGACUCGACGUGUGGACCAUUUUCCUCUCCAGAGCUACCAUUCCCGAAAAAGGUUGAUAAGACUGAACCUCCAAACACUACUGUGGCUCAGAGUGUCCAAAAUGAUGCCGUAUUGGUAUCUGAAUUCAAGCAACUCAAGUUAGAAAAAGAAGCGCAGAAGAACUGGGACCUCUUCUACAAGAGAAACAGCACCAAUUUCUUCAAGGACAGGCAUUGGACCACCAGGGAGUUUGAGGAACUUAAAGCUUGCAGAGAGUUUGACAACCAAAGGCUGGUUAUGCUGGAGGCUGGUUGUGGUGUAGGCAACUGUUUAUUUCCGCUCUUAGAAGAAGACCCUCAUCUCUUUGUAUAUGCUUGUGACUUUUCUCCUAGAGCCAUACAAUUUGUGAAGCAAAAUGCCUGUUACAAUGCAGAGACCUGUAAAGCUUUUCAGUGUGAUAUGACCAAAGACAAUUUGACAGACAAUAUCCCUGUGGACAGUGUGGAUGUUGCAACUUUAAUCUUUGUUCUCUCAGCUAUCCAUCCAGACAAAAUGUAUCUUGCCGUAGAAAAUAUUUACAAGGUGCUAAAACCUGGCGGCUGUGUUUUAUUUCGGGACUAUGGCGUUAAUGAUCAUGCCAUGUUACGCUUUAAAACAGGAAAUAAACUUGGAGAAAACUUCUAUGUCAGGCAAGAUGGAACACGGUCUUUUUUUUUCACUACAGAAUAUUUACAACAUCUUUUUAGAAAAGCUGGGUACAGGGAAGUCUCCAGUGAGUACGUGCUGCGAGAGACUGUGAACAAAAAAGAAGGCCUCUGUGUCCCCAGGGUUUUCGUUCAGAGCAAAUUUUAUAAACCUCACUGAUGGAUGUUUUUUGGAAAUGUUAUUAAUUUU